CAUUUGUAAAAGCGGCGAUAAAAUACAUUUGAACGUUUUAAAAAUCGCACAAAUUCAUCUGAAAGCUACAAGUCCUUGCAGUAACUUAAAAAUCCAAACAAAGCAAACCGCAAACUGUAAAUUGCAGUGCAACAUUCUGAGAAGUUCAAACAGAGCAACGGAAACAGCUGAAAGGACGCGCAUAAAAAGCGGAGCUAAGCGAAAGGAAUAAAAAUGAUGUUGAAUGGCAUUUACCGCACUCAAGUGGCGUACGCAAUCUUAAUCGUCCUGUCGUUGACUUCGGUCCGUGCGCAGCAGCCCAGGCGUGACGAUGAAUAUCCACCGCCAGCAAUUCUAAAAAUGGCAAAACCAUUUCAUGACACUUGCGUGCAAAAAACUGGAGUCACUGAAGAGGCCAUAAAAGAGUUUAGUGAUGGUGAGAUACAUGAGGAUGAGAAUCUGAAAUGUUAUAUGAAUUGCUUAUUCCAUGAAAUUGAUGUGGUUGAUGACAAUGGCGACGUGCAUUUGGAGAAACUUUUUGAAACAAUACCAGGAAAAUUACGUGAAUUACUAAUGAACAUGUCAAAGGAUUGCAUACAUCCUGAGGGUGAUACACUCUGUCACAAAGCCUGGUGGUUCCAUCAAUGCUGGAAGAAAGCCGAUCCUGUGCACUAUUUUCUGCCUUAAAGUAACAGCAAUUAUUCCUGAAACUUGGCUAAUGAACUUGACAAGAACGAAAAAUGAAUUCUAUACUUUCUUUUACUUAACUUUAAAACAGUUGUUAUUAUAAUCCAUAGAAUAUAUGAUGUAUAAUUUGUUUUGUGUUGUAGAUAUAUGAUUCAAUACUAGUAGUAAAUAAAGAGCAUUCAAAAUG